AUUGGUCGACUACUGAUGACGCAAUGGAAGCAUGCCUGAGACCGGAGGAUGUUGAGGUUCUUCAGCAGAGUGUCUGUAUCUAUACAAACUCGCAUUAAAGUGAAAUCUCCCACUCGACACCGCAGUCUGUGUUCUGCAGCUGUGCGACCGGCUUCUUCCUCCCCUGGCUCCAUUGUGCAAUCCAGAAUGGAGCCUAAACUGUAUAAGCCUCCUCCUCAGGUCCGGGGUAUGACCUCACUGGACAAAGAGGCCUUCACACAAACCAUUACUGUCCCAGCUCUACGGGUCCCCACUGGGGUCUUAAACAAAGUAGUGAAAAGCCUUAAAAAGUCGACUGUUCAGCGUCCAGGGGUGCCUAGGGUGGUCCAGGAUGCAGAGGAGAGCAGUGAUUUUCGUUUAUUACUGCUGGACCCACACAAAGUUACCUCUCCGAGCUCCUUUAGUGAGGUUGAAGCUGAGGCUCUCAGGUCCUUCGAGGUCACAAAGGAGCUGCAGGACUAUGAGCUGCAUCUCACCUAUGACAACCUGAAGAGUGAAGAAGUGCUGGAGGCUGUGCUCCCUCUGGGUCAGGAUGUGACCACUUCAUUCAGCCGUGUGGGGCACAUCGCACACAUGAACCUGAGAGACCACCAGCUUCCAUACAAGAACCUCAUAGGUCAAGUCAUCAUGGAUAAAAAUCCUGGUGUUACCUGUGUGGUCAAUAAGACAAACAUGAUCGACUCCACGUACCGUUAUUUCAAGAUGGAGGUGCUGGCUGGAGAGGAAAACAUGGUAGCCAAAGUGAAAGAAAACGGUGUGACUUAUGAGUUUGAUUUUUCUUGUGUAUAUUGGAACCCCCGUCUGAGCACAGAGCACCAGCGCAUUGUGCAGCUCGUCAAACGUGGUGAUACUGUGUUUGAUGUGUUUGCUGGUGUUGGACCCUUUGCCAUUCCAGCUGCGCGUUUUGGUGCCAACGUUCUAGCUAAUGACCUCAACCCAGAGUCGUAUCGAUGGCUACAGCACAACUGCAAACUCAACAAGGUGGAGAGCAAAGUCAGAACCUUUAACCUGGAUGGCAGAGCCUUCAUCCAGGGCCCUCUAAAGCAGGAGCUGCCCGCAUUGAUCAAAGAAAAGGCUGGCAUUCAUGUGGUCAUGAACCUGCCCGCUUUAGCUCUAGAGUUCCUGGACGCGUUCAGAGGCCUGCUGCACCUGGAGGCUCCCUCUGAUGAAAACCUACCCACCGUGCACUGCUACGGCUUCUCCAAAGAGGAAAACCCUAAGAUGGAUAUGGUGCAGAGGGCAUCCUGCAGCCUGGGCUUCCCCCUGGAGAAAGGGUGCUCUGUGCAUUUUGUGCGCAAUGUAGCACCCAACAAAGAUAUGUUGUGUGUGAGCUUCACAGUUCCUAAAGAGGUCCUCUUCAGCAGUGAUCCUCAGCAGACAGAAUCUGGAGAAGAACCAGCCCCAAAAAGACAGAAAUGUGAGGAGUCAACAUAACAAUCAGAUUGAUCUGACUCUGAGGAAUGCAGAUAAUACAAGUUGAUUUUAUUUUAAGUUACUUUUUUUUAUUUGUUUUCAGGCAUUUGUAUGCCUUUAUUGAACAGUUGAAAAGGGACAGGAAAAGGAGACAAAGAAGAGAUGGGAUUUUCUAUGCAACAAGACUCACCUGGAUUUAGAGUUGAACUGGGGACCUUACAGCUCACAGCCAAUGCUUGGGCCAGGACAUUUUGUUGAACUGUUGAAUGCUUUUUUUGGUGUUGCAUCUUAAAAUUGCGAUCCUGCUUUAGUAAUAUCCCUUUUGUUCAUACCAAAAUUUAACAAUGUUGUGAUGUGCAUUGGUCUGAAGUCAUGACAUUUCAGUUUUAAAUAAAUCUGUAAAUAUUGGACAGACACAUUUUCUUCAUUAGGAAUUUAUUUAAAUAUAUAAAAAUAAACAAAACCUAAAAAAUGUACACUCUUGACUCCUAAAAGAAUCAAAACACUGCUCACUGUACCAGCUGUGGCUCUCUAUCGUGGCAGUUGUGUGGUAUUUCUGGAUCGUUCAGUCACACUUCUACCCACUGGCUGUCGCACUGUUUAAGCUGUGGAUGGGCUCAGCCUCUCUGUGGGAAAAGCCCACUGAAAGCAUCCUGGAUGGCUCGAUGACACGCCAAAGCUGAGGUGUAUCCUCCAGCUGUGUCCUGAGGCAUGGCGGCCCGCACGUGGUUCAGAUACCUGAGAACACACAGAAAGCCCUCGUCAGUCACAGCGGUGAGGUAUUUUGUAAAUAAAGAGACUGACUGGCAGCCUGAGACCUGGUUUCAAAAGUAGUUCCUAUGAGUGUAACUUGAGUGUAAGUUUAUUCUUCAUUAAAUCCACACUAGAGUUAUUUUUUCUGGCUCACCCGAACCCCUUUGAUGAGAUCGGCUAAGACAGACAUGCCCAUAGACUAACACUGGGACACCUUGUGCCUAAAAGCCUCUCCAACAUGGCUCUAUUAAAGUAUUAUAGGUGUCUUUUAGUUUUUAAGUGCUUACAGAUGUAUCCUGCCAAAGCCCCUUUUCAGGUUCUUAAGUAAAGCCAAAAGUCACUGUUUAUUUUUACAUUCAUUCACAGGCAGAAAAACAGUCAAGCUGUUAAUUUAGUCUCCACUGUGAUAGAUACCCCUCUACUUAAGAUCAUACGUCGGUGUGGGGGGAGCUGACCUGUGGCCCCACCCACUUUAAUCCUUCCUCUACCAAAACACGCCGUCUGUACAUAUAACAUAUGCAGCUUUCCUUUUUGCAUCCGACUACAAAGCUGCACAAGCAAAGACCUUCAGCAACUGAGACAACACGUAGCUCUGCCUGUCGAUACCACCUCCCACCCCCCGACCCUCCCCCCCUCCUGAGCAGAAAUCAUAGUCCGGGCCGAGUGCAUCUAAAGCCCUCACACGAGCCUGGCUUUGUGGCCUCUGUUCCUGUGAGCCAGCGAAACUUCAAAGUGAAAAGGGAAUGGAGAGCAUAGACAGCCCUCUGUGAUUUCUGUGCCCAUUCAAGCUGCUUUACAGAGUAACCCAACACCUGUGGGGAGGCUCGGAGAGUCGAGGCGUGUGUGUGUGUGUGUGUGUGAAUGAGAGAUGGACAGCAAGAAAAAGGUGUCCGAGAGACUACACGCUGAAUAGAUCAUGUGCUGCUUUGGUGGCUUUCUUGUAACACAGUAAAAAGUUCAUGGAAAAUAAAGUUGAAACAGACUUUGACAUGCGUCUGAGAUAUAUAUAUAUAUAUAAAAAAAGACAUUUGUGAAUAUUAUAAAAGUUGGGUGGUCAUGAUUAGGAUGGCAACUAAUCGUCUCAGUAACAUGUCAAAUGUAUUUGUUUGUUGACAAAUUAUGUCAG